AUGUCUCAAAAACAUGCCAUUAGGCUACCUGGGCUCUUACUGGAUGAAUUGAAAACCAAAUCUUAUGAUAGCGAUGAGAGAUUUCAAGGUAAAAGAGACUAUGGUGUCGGAAAAAAGAGAGGUUCGAGUAAGCAAGUAAGCAGGAAAGACAGAAGGAAACAGCAAAGGCUCGAUAAAAGAUCCUCGCAAAGAUCAAAAGCAGGUCAUAAUGAAGAGAAAGAACGUCCAAUAAAUGUCAAUAAUAAAGCAAAGACUGGAAAUUUUGCUGUGAACGAAAAAAACUCAGAGUCGAAAAAGGCUCGCACAACAGAAACUUCAAAUAGUGAGCUAUUGCUUCCACCGGAUGAUGAAUUAUCAUCUGAUGACUUUGAAGAAUUUGAGGAGGAUGACUUAGAUGAAGAGGGAUGGAGGCAACUUCGAGAGAUGGAAGAGGAAGAUGGCAACGAAGAUGUGGAACCAUCUGAUCACUCGGGCAGUGAAGUUGAUUCAAGUUUAUCAAAAGAGAAUACAGAAAAAGCACUCAAUAGUAAAGGUAAUAAAGAUAUGACUAUAGAGGAGACUAUGGAGGCAUUAAAAGCUCUUAAAGAAAAGAAAAACGAGCCCCAAACACAACUGUUAACGGAAAAAAAUAAGCAAAAAAGAGAUUAUCUUGUUAAAAUUGGUGAACAAGAUAUGUUAGAAUCUAACAUGACAGCUGAAGAAACUAUGGCAGCAUUGAAAAGCAAAAAAGAAAAAAAAAACGAAGUAAGAACUUCAAAGUCGCCUCAAUCCAAGAAACAAGAAAGAAAAAGUAAUCAAGAUAAGGAAAUAUCGUUUCCCAUUGCGCCUGGGGACCGCGCAGCAAUGGAGAGAGAUGAGAUGGACAUGCAAUAUUAUGCCAAAAAACUUGGCUUAAAGAGAAAUUCUAAAAAGUUGCACGCUCGUGAUGAGUACGACGCAAUUGGUGGCUUACUAGAAGGUUUGGAUUUUAUUGAUAAUUAUGGAAUUGAAGAUGAGGAGUACGGCGAGUAUGGUACGGAACAAAAAAGUGACUCAAGGGAUCAAUUGAAGGGUUCAGGAUACUCUAAUGAAAGUGCGGAUGAAGGUGCGGAUGAAGGUGCGGAUGAAAGUGAGUAUCCCGAAGAUGGUGAAUCCGAACUUGAUAGCGAGGAACUGAAAUUACUGCCAUCAGAUGAUGACUUGUCGUCCGAUGAUUUUGAUGAAUUUGCCGAGGAUGAUUUAAACGAAGAAGAGUGGGAGCAGUUGAGAGAAAUGGAAGAGAGUGGUGAUCACCAAGAUGGCGUCAAGAGAAAAAGAGAGAAUCCAUUAGUUGCCCCAGUAGAAGGUGAUUCUGGAAGUUAUGUGCCUCCGUGGCAGAGAAAGAAAGCUUUGGAAACUGGAAGUCUUUCUGCUGCUGAAUUAGAGGUACAAAAAAAGGUCAAGUCGUCGCUCAAUAAAUUAUCUGACACAAAUAUUUCCGUAAUUAUCUCGUCAUUAAAUGAGCUGUAUGAAAGCUAUGCUCGUCAAUAUGUUACCGAUGCAAUAUCUAAACAAAUUUUAGAAAUUAUUGGACAAACAAACAAACUGCUGGAUAGCUUCAUUAUGAAUUAUGCUGCCGUAGCAUUCGCCCUGUGGAAAUUGAGAGGAGUUGAAGUUGGUGCUUCUUAUAUUCAAGUGACAAUUGAACAUUUCUUAAAGAGUUUUGAUGAUGGAAUAAUUACCCUCAAAUUAAAUGACGGCGCAUCAGCUAAUAGCCCACCAAUCAUUUCGAAAGAAUCUAGUAACAUACUAUGUCUUCUUUCUUACUCUUAUAAUUUUGGUAUCGUAUCCAGUAACCUAAUCUAUGAUAUCGUUCACUUACUUGUUGCAUCUCCUAAUGAAUUUACGACGGAGCUCCUAUUAAGGGUCAUUUCAAUAUCCGGUCCACUGAUACGCAGCGAUGAUGCAUCAGCCUUGAAAGAGAUUAUAUCCAAGCUAUUACAUAAUGUGAAAGAGAUCAAAAUUCAAUCACCGCGUUUGAAGUUUCUACUGGAUACCGUUACCGAUCUUAAGAACAACCGUUUAAAGCCUUCUUUACUAGCAGCGAGCUACCAUCCAUUGAAAAAGACGCUGCAGAAUGUUCUGCAACUUUCAGCUACCUCUAGUGAGCCACUGCUAGUCUCUCUUCAAGAUAUAAAGAAUGUAGAAAACAAGGGUAAAUGGUGGCUAGUCGGCGCUUCCUGGAAAGGUAACAUGGAGAUACCUUCUGAAGAAAUGGAGUCCAGAAAAAUUUCAAAAACGGCCAAAAAACGUGUGAUAGAAGAUGAUUUGCUUGAUGACCUUCCUGAUUGGUCGGAGAUAGCUAGGCAGCAGAGGAUGAAUACAGAUGUUCGUCGUGCCAUCUUCAUUAGUAUAAUGUCUGCACAAGAUUAUAUGGAUGCAUUUGGUAAACUGGAGAAAUUGAAUCUGAAGAAGAAACAGGGUUUGGAGAUUCCUAGAGUUCUUCUACAUUGUCUGUCACAGGAUAGCGGAGCUAAUGGUUAUAACCCUUAUUAUGCUCUACUUGCACUAAAGCUCUGUGAAAACCAGCAUUCACUCGUUAAAUCAUUUCAAUUCCUCUUUUGGGAUAUAAUCAAGGCUUUUGAAGAUGAGGAAGAACAGACUAUUUUUGACGGGGAUGAUGUAAAUAUGAAUGAAAACAUGAAAUUAAGAAAUAUUGCAAACAGAGGAAAAUUUUUCGGCUAUUUGAUAGCAGAGGGUAUUUUGCAGCUCGAUGCAUUUAAACAUGUAUCCUUGGUAAGUGGACUGGUCGCUGAUGGAGUAAUCUUCGUCGAAUUUUUAUUAUACCAGCUAUUAUUGACAGUUGCCAAAAAAUCAGAGUCUAAAGGAAAGGACUCAAAAGGCAAAAAGGUUGUUCAUUACAAUAGCGGUCUCUUAAUCAAAAUUCUUAUUAAUGGGAUCAAAUUGGAAAAUCGAUCAGUUAUUCUAAAAGGUUUACUGUAUUUUACGAAGAAAAAUUUCAAGUACAAAAAAUACCUACCGAGAUCUGGCGGAACUAAGGCACUUGAUAAAGAAUUGAGAAGAAUGGAGUGGGCCACGAAUACAUUUAGCGAAUUAAUGGAGAAAAAUUUAGAAAAUGCAAUAGUUUAG